AUGAGACCGCCUGUCCCGGAUAUCGCGUUGCGGAGGGCCCGCAAGUCCUCCAUCGAACAGCAGUGGAUCGCCCCCCGCGAUACUGCCCCGGCGACCUUCUUCCUGGCCCGCAGUCGUGAUCACGAUGCGGAGGAGGAGCUCUCUCCCGAUGAGUCGGUCCCUCCAAGGGAAAGUAUGUAUGGUGUACAAAGCCUCGAAGAAGCCAUCCACGAUGCCAAUCUCCUUACCUCUGAGUGCGAGCCCUAUCUUUCGGGUGGAAACCCUGAUUCCACGACUCCGAUCGAACCGCAACAACAGCCGCCUCCCCGCGAUCAUCUAGAUAAUGGUGAAAACGGGGCUACCUCGUGGCCUCGCCGCAAGUCGACUCUUAAACCAAGCGAUUUACUCAAUGCUAGCAAAUUGGAAAUUUCUUUACCAUCUUCCGAUCGCACUUCCCCCCGACCAUUGACGCCGUCGAAUCUCAGCAACCCGGAAGACCCAUCAUUUUCUCUCCCUAGCAGCCCCAAGUCAUUCUCAAAUCAGUCCCUGAGGCAUCUUGAUGACAUCUCGAUCACCGAUGAUGUAAGCAGUGAGGUUGUCGCUUCAGGAGAAGAAGAUAACGAUUUCCCGACACCGUCCAAUAUAUGCCUUGAUAGCGCAUCUCAGUUGGUAAUGCCAAGCAUUAGGAUGCCCAGUCGAAGACCUUUUACAGAGCGGGGAAAGUCACUGGGCCGUUUGAAAGUGCUAAUCGCGGGUGCUCCUGGCACUGGGAAAACCUCUCUCAUCAAAUCCAUCGUUCAAGCUUGCGAAGAUAUCGUUCACGUUGACCCCUUUCCCUCCCUGCCCCCCUCGAAAUCGUCCCGCUCACCUGGUUCUUCAUCCCGACCCUUUCAGACACGCAGCAUUUCAUCUGUCACGGAAAUUUACGCUAGCACUAAACCAUAUCCCGUAUGGUGGUCAGACUUAGAAGACUCGCGUGUUUUGCGAAGACGACGGAGCAUGGGUGAUGUAGUCCUUGAGCGCAAUCUCUGUUUCGUUGAUCCUCAGCCCAACGAGUUGGACUGUGCAGCGCAAACUGACAUCGUCGUACAAUAUAUCCGUCAACAGCUGCUCCGAGCGAUGACGUCCCUAAACUCGGCCAAUCAUGAUUUCCAGAGUAUGCUCGCGGGUAACGGCGGUGCCCAGGUUGACGCUGUCUUAUACCUCAUCUCCGAGAGUACGCGAUGA